CCGGACUUACCGAUAGAUGGCUCUACCAGCUGAUUACUGUCGUCUGUAUUGACCGCCAUAUUCGAAUUUGGCAAGAAGUUUCUCUCGGUCUGUACGGUGUAUAAGGAAUUAAGUAUUAUCGAAAUGGUGAUUUCUUGUUCCGAUUUCAAUUGUACGAAGCGAUGGAGUAAGGAAAGUGACUUACCAUUUCACAGGUUUCUCCUAAAGCACCCAGAGCUGCUAAAGAAGUGUAUUACUUCCGUGAAGCGGAAAGGUUUUAAUCCUACGUCUUGCAGUUCUCUUUGCGGAAACCAUUUGCGACAAGAUGAUUACGUAGUGAGCCCUAGAACGUGGAAGAAACGUCUCAAACCCGAAGCAGUGCCAUCAGUUUUUGUCUUUCCGACUCAUUUGAUGCCACCAAAUAAACAGCGACGAUGACAUGUUGUUAGGAUUUUGAGUGACAACGAAUGCUUCUCCAUUUGAGCGUUCUGUCAUAGAAUCUGUGCUCGAUUUGCCAGCUGCAGAACC